CCCACCUGCACCUACUCAAUUGUGCAAGACAACAGCACACCUGGCUAGAGAGUAAGGUAUCGAAGACACGCUACAAACUACAAAAAUAAAGGUUUUGCAGUGACAACAUUUCUGUUCACGUUGAAGAAACACCGCCAACAUGAACAUCACCUGGGCCAUGACUCUGCUGCUGCUUGUUAAUGGUGCCCAUUCCAAUAAAAGGAAGCAAAUAGAAGAAUUUUAUGACUGCCCUGUGGAUGUUUACAUCGUUUUGGAUACCUCAGAGAGUGUGGCCCUCAGAGCCAAGCCAUAUGGAUCUUUUGUCGAAAAGAUAAAAAAAUUUGCUCUUGAUUUUGUGGACCAGCUCAGCAACAGGUACUACCGUUGUGAUCGCAACCUGAUGUGGAACGUAGGAGUGCUACAUUACAGCGAUGAGGUGAAAAUCAUGAGUGAGCUCAUCAGCUUGCAGACUACCAUUGGUAAAGUCCAGUUGAAGAGAGCCAUCCAGGACAUCCGCUACAUUGGAAGGGGGACCCACACUGACUGUGCCAUUUCUGUGGCAACUGGACAGCUGAUGACAGGAACCUCUCCUUUCAAUAGAAACAAAUACAUGGUGGUUGUGACUGAUGGCCACCCAUCUGAUGGCUACAAGGAGCCCUGUGGCAGCAUCAACUAUGUUGUGACUGAAGCCAGAGGAAUGGAUAUAAAAAUAUUUGCCGUCGCCAUCACACCAGACCAUCUGGAAAACAGGCUGGCUGCCAUUGCAACAGAUGUCCAGUACAGAUACAACCUGUCUGCAACAAGUGACAAUCCAUCAGUCGUCAGAGAUACCAUCAAAACCAUUCUGUCCACCAUUUACGAUGAUUCAGAGACUUUGUGCUGCUCAUAUGAAUGCAAGGGUGCUAGAGGACCCCCCGGGCCACCAGGUGAAGAGGGUGAAACGGGAACACCAGGAAGACAGGGAGUUGCUGGGAAACCUGGUGGUAUGGGGUCAAAGGGUGUCACUGGGGACCAAGGACCUCCAGGUCACACAGGAGAGAAGGGUGACCAGGGUUCCACAGGAGAUAAGGGUCCUAGAGGAGCUUCUGGACAAAGGGGCGAAAAGGGACAUAAUGGAAUUGAUGGAAAAGAUGGUCCAAUGGGGGAGUCUGGUUCAGCUGGUCUUCAAGGUUGUAAAGGAAAUGAUGGGAUGGAGGGGUACCCAGGUCCUCCAGGACAAAAAGGUGACCUUGGCUCUUUUGGAGAACCAGGACAAAAGGGUGAGAGGGGAUCUCCUGGAAUAGCAGGAGAAUCCGGUGUUUCUGGUGUUACUGGAGCUAAGGGAGACAGUGGGCCUGUUGGGGUAAGAAGUAACGAUGGGGAUAGAGGUGAUGAUGGGGACAUUGGCAGGACUGGCGCACCUGGUGCAAUGGGCAAGAAGGGGGAGAUUGGUAUCAGAGGGCCCCCUGGAAUCAGAGGAGUCCAGGGGGAUAAGGGUGAUCCUGGUCCCAUUGGAGCUCAGGGGCAUGAGGGGCCAUCUGGAGAAAUAGGCGACGCAGGUCUUGUUGGUGUUCGUGGUCUGAAGGGUUACAAAGGGGAACCGGGUUCUCUCGGACUUCCGGGAACCACAGGUUCUAGGGGACAGCCAGGCUCUACAGGAGAUGCAGGCCCUAUGGGUGAGAGAGGGGACAACGGUGCACAGGGUCAAGGACAACCUGGAUACGCGGGUUUCCAGGGAUUUCCUGGUGUGCGAGGCACUCCAGGUCCCAAGGGAAUCAGGGGUUUCCCUGGAUUGAAGGGAGACGCGGGGCAGCCGGGUGACCGAGGCAAUGAUAAUGAUGUGCCCGGUAAGGAGGGAGCCAGUGGACCCAAAGGUUAUCCUGGUUUACCAGGGGAAAAUGGGGCACCAGGACCUGUGGGACACCCGGGGGCAGAUGAAUGUGAAAUACUGGAAGUGAUUCAGAAACUCUGCUCUUGCUGUGAAUGCGAGUGUGGAGCAGUGAAGCUGCUGUUCGUGUUGGACAGCUCAGAGAGCGUGGGUCUACAGAACUUCACUCUGGAGAAGGAGUUCAUCAUUCGCAUCAUCAACAAGAUCACCAAGUUCAGCAAGAAUAAGAAUGAGCCUGGUUCACGAGUGGGUGUGGUACAGUACAGCCAUGAGGGGACCCAGGAGCUGGUGUCCAUGGAUGACCCCAACAUUACCUCUCUGUCUCAACUUAAAAGAUCGGUGAAGAACAUGCGCUGGAUUGCUGGAGGCACGUACACUGGGGAAGCCCUAGACUUUGCACGCCGGGCCUUUGACAGCUCCAAGCUGUCCAGUAAGGUGGCCAUUGUGCUGACAGACGGCAGGUCAGACACCCGGGACUCCAAGCCACUGUCCUCUCUCUGCAAUUUGCCCAAUGUCAGGGUUGUUGGCAUUGGCAUUGGGGAUAUCUUCCGCAGAGGUUCUCAUGCCACCAUGCUGCAGGAAAUCACCUGCCUGGGAAUGGCCCGGCCCGGCCUGUACUUGAAUAUCACUGACCAUUCCCAGCUUGUGGAAGAGGCCUUCCUCAACAAUGUUACUGGUUAUAUAUGCCAAGAUAAGAAGUGUCCUGAUUAUUCCUGUCCUGCUACAUUUCAGGGGCGCACAGAUAUCGUCUUCAUGCUUGACGGAUCUUCCAGUGUGGGCAGGAGGAAUUUUGAGAGAACCAGAGACUAUGUGGCAAAUGUGGCGGGCAUGCUGCUAUCCUCAAACCCAGUAGGGGACCUUCGGCUGUCCAUCGUACAGUACAGUGACACCAAACAGCAAAGGGUGGAGGUCCCCUUCACCAGCCAAGUGAUGGAUGUGCAAGCCCGCCUUUCUUCCAUACGCUAUAUGGACAAGGCCACCGACCUACCAGCUGCUUUGGCCUUCCUGAACAGUGGUAUCCAGUGGGAUGGACAGCCCAAUGUCCGUAGGAAGGUGGUUGUCUUCACAGAUGGACGAUCCAAACCCUCUGCCCGUGCCCAAAUUCCUAGAGCAGCAGCCACCACACUGAGCCAGAAGAUGGUACUGCUGGCCUUAACUGUGGGGGACACUUUUGACGAGAUGGGAGUUUGCCAGCUGGUGACUGGAGAAGCAGACAACUUUGACUAUCGCAUUGUGGACAGUCUUGUUUACCGGGUGGUACGCUACACUGACCUGGCCCAGACAGUAGCUAUGCGGAGCUUAAUAAGAAAAGUAUCAAAAGCCUAGGGUAUUUCCCUGUACCCUCAAGUGUAACAGACUGCACACACAGUAUAGGCCUAUACUGUGGAUACUAUAUAUAAAUAUAUAUUUCUCUUCCAAAGAAAAGUUGAUUCUUCAGGGGCCCUUUUCCAAGAACAUGUUUUAUUUUUGCUCUCAUUCUUUAGCAUCUUGUGUAUACGACUGGUUCGUUCAGUGUUCUGUUUGUCAGUUUGUUGUUCUGUGAUAAGUGUGACUGCUGUGAUAAGUCUGACUGCUUAUCCGAUCUAGAAAUCUUCAGCAUGGAGGAUUAAGCAGCAUGAUGACUUUGUGUACAAUAUAUGGUUGUUUCUUCAACGUAAUCUAUCAAUGUAAUCUUAAUUUUAGUCAUUGGAGCCCCAAUAGAACUUCUGACUAAUAAACAAUCAAAUGAGUCUGUGAA